UUCAGACUUCAGAGCUGCAACUUCUGCAGAACAACUCAUGAAUGCCACACUACUUGCAAUGCCAGUUCCAUGAUAUCUCGCCCUGCGUGAUUCUCUCGCACCAACUCCCCUCCUCCUCCUCCUCCUCCUCAUAAACCCUCUCCGCCUCUUCCCUCGCGACGCCUCCUCGAUCGGUGCUUGAUUGGUGUUCCUGAAUCCUGCAUCUCCGGUCGACUCGGCCAGGGCAGUUCUUGGACAAAACACCGGUGUUCUUCUCUCAAGAACUGGUGACGCCUUCUUUUAAUAUCGCGUAAAAACCACUCCUUUAUAUGCCAUGGAGGAUGAGAAGAAGGGAGGGGACUAGGAGUGGAGAUUGUUAGGGUUUUGUUCUUGUACUAAAAGAACCCAAAGCCUUGCGAGUUGCGCCGCCUGCGCCCGGUCUCCAUCCCGCGAGCAGCGUGCCGGCGUCCUGCUGCUUCCGCCGCCGGAUUCAAGAUGGGUACCUAUCUUAGGAACUAUUCAGAUGAUGAGUACUCUGUGGCUGGUGAGAAGCCAGAUGUAGAGUUCAUGGAUUAUCAGAAUGAUGGCUCUCUUCAGGAUUAUUCACUUGACGAUGGACCUGUGGUUGUCACAAUUCCUUUCCCAUUCAUUAAGGGCAAACCAAAAUCUGUCCUUGUUGGAGAAACAUCUGCUGACACCAUUAGCAUAGAAAAUACCUCUUCUGAACCCUUAGAUGUGUGGAGUGUGAGAAUAUUUUCUUCUAAUCCAGAAGACAGUUAUGUGCUCUCUAUGAUGAAACCGCCACUGAGUGAUGCUGAUGAGGAGGCGAAGAAGAAUUUCCUUGGGUUGACUUCUGUGGAAGAUCGUACACUCCAGCCUGAGCAAACCCUUACAAUUUGGCUCUCUUGUACGCCAAAAGAUAUUGGCUUGCAUACAUCAAUCGUGCACGUUGAUAUCGGCGAUGAGAAAAUUGAGCGUGUAGCCUUUCUAUUGGCAGAUGAUAAUGUUUCCCAGGCUUUAUUUUCUGACAAACCCUAUUCCAGGAGACACACUCAGAAGAAGACAUUUGAGUCAACUUCAUUUGUGCCAGGUUGUCGGCCAACUCGGCAGCACAGUCAAGGAUUCAAGUAUAAGCUCCCUCAGUUUGCAAUACCUGCAGACAUCCGCGAACUCAUUGAAAGUAAACAGAGACCCGACGUCCUAUCUGAAGAGUUGGACAUGACAAACUAUGCGAAAUUUUUUAGCACUCUUUUAGUCAUGGAAGAAAUUCAUUUGGAGGAGGAGAUGAGAUCAUAUGACAUGGAGCAUGUCUUAAUGAGGAGGAGAGGCAAUGAAUUUUUGUCACUUGAGGUCCCUGGCUUGGCUGAAAGAAGGCCUUCACUAGUUCAUGGAGAUUAUAUAUUUGCCAGACAUGCUGGAAGUGAUGUUCGGCCUUAUCAAGGCUUCAUUCACAAGGUUGAAGCAGAUGAAAUAUUUUUGAAAUUUGAUAGCCAGUUCCACCUUGCUCACCGUGAUAGGAAUCAAUAUGAUGUUAGCUUCACAUAUAAUAGACUCAACAUGAGAAGGCUCUACAAGGCUAUCCAUGAAGCAGAAAUUUUGGGACCUGACAUUUUCUUCCCCCGUCGAUCAUCCUAUGGAAGUACGAAGAAGUGGUCAUUUAAACCUCUAAAUCCACACAUAAACACUGAGCAAGCUGAUGCAGUUUCAACAAUACUUGGCUACCGAGGGGUUGCACCUUAUGUGAUAUAUGGACCUCCAGGCACUGGCAAGACCAUGACGCUUGUGGAGGCUAUUUUGCAGCUUUAUACAGCCAAGAGGAGGGCAAAUGUUCUCAUAUGCGCUGCUUCUAAUAGUGCUGCGGACCAUGUUUUGGCAAAGCUUCUUCAGGCUAGUUAUCUGAUUCGCCCAAGUGAUAUAUUUAGGCUAAAUGCUUCCAGCCGUCAAUACGAGGAUGUCGAUCCUAAUUUUAUCCGGUUUUGCUUCUUUCAAGAUACGGUGUUCAAGUGUCCUCCAAUGCAAGCACUACUGCGAUACAAGAUAGUUAUAUCAACCUACAUGAGUUCAUCAAUGCUGCAAUCCGAAGGCAUUCGUCGGGGGCAUUUCACACACAUUUUUUUGGAUGAGGCUGGUCAAGCCUCUGAGCCAGAGGCCAUAGUUCCUUUGUCAGGUUUGUGUGGAAAAGAGACUGUUGUUGUUUUAGCAGGAGAUCCCAUGCAGUUAGGACCAGUGGUUUUUUGUAAACAAGCAGAGAAGGAUGGUUUGGGGAAAUCAUAUCUGCAAAGGCUGCUAUUUGAAUACGAGCAGUACAGCACAGGGGGUCCUAACUAUGUAACAAAGCUAGUGAGGAAUUAUCGGUGCCAUCCAGCAAUCCUCGAAUUGCCAUCAGAGCUUUUCUAUGGGGGUCAAUUAAUUGCCUGUAAAGAAAAAGAAGUGUCAUCUAUAUAUGACUGCAUUGAUCUUCCUAACAAGGCAUUCCCUGUUCUUUUUGUUGGCAUUCAAGGGUGCGAUGAGAGGGAAGGAAAUAAUCCUUCAUGGUUCAAUAGAAUUGAGGCUAGUAAAGUAGUAAACAUCAUCCGAAAGCUGACAAGGGGUGGUGAUGUUCGUGAAGGUGACAUAGGAGUCAUUACUCCAUAUCGUCAACAAGUUGUCAAGAUAAAGAAGGCCCUUGAAUCAUUUGAAAUGCCUGACUUGAAAGUGGGAAGUGUGGAGCAAUUCCAGGGUCAAGAGAGGGAAAUAAUAAUCAUCUCUACAGUCAGGUCAACAGUAAAGCAUAAUGAGUUUGACAAAUUCUUCAACCUGGGAUUCUUAAGCAAUCACAGAAGGUUCAAUGUUGCUAUCACACGAGCCAAAUCAUUGCUCAUUAUCGUUGGAAACCCUCACAUUAUCACUAAGGAUCGACAUUGGGAUAGGCUCUUGAGGUAUUGUGCAGACAAUGGUUCUUAUCAAGGAUGCCCACUUCCACCACCAGAAGAGACUCCAGAAGACACCAGAGUCUCUGGAUUUCGUGACAGCCAAGAUGAACCUGCUGGGUGGGGUUACAAACAAGAAGAAGAAUCUGCCAACUACAACUACAAGCAAGACCCAUCCGACUCUAGUUGUGGACAUACAAAUGGUUUGCCAUCCACUGAAAAUGAAGCGGAAUGGUCUGAGAGAACUCCAGAUGAGGAGCAGCAACGACUUAGCAGCGCUGCUGAAGCAGACUCUCCUGAGGUGAUGCUGAAGCAGAACGCUGAGGAACAUGUUGAGCAUGAUGGUGUACAGCCUGAGCAAUGCCCAGCCAACGAUAAUCUAGUCCAAGAUGCGUAUGCAGCGAAGUACUCUUUUCCUCCUGAAUGGUGUGAUGUUUCAAAUGUCCCUGCAACAGGCUGGGAUGAUUGAUCGGCUUCGCGAGUGACCGCCUUAUAUUUUUUUCGACAAGAAAGUAUUUUACCUAGGUGCAAGUGGUAAUAAUUGAUAUCAACCUUGUAAGGACUAACAUUCAGAGUCUACUGUCUCCAAUUCUGCACUCUGUAGCCUUUCCUUGAGGCUUUCAGCUCAUCCUCAGUCACCCAUUUUACUGUCUGCAGUCUGUAGCCUUUCCUUGUCCGUCUCUAUGCCAUUAUCUGCCUAUGUUAGGCUAUACAGGAAGAAACAUGUUCCUGUUGAAAACUCUGAAACUAAUCAUCUUGCUAGCUAUGGGCAUAUAUAUAGCGUUCUCACUUGCUAUUGUCACAAGUGUGUUUAUCCUAUCUGACAUUACUUAAGACUUGAGCUGUUGAUGUCCUCUGUGGUUCCACCCGACUAUAAUACAUGCAGAUUUAACAUUUUCUUUAGAAU